AUGAUCAAUCUUAACGCUCUCUCGGCGAUCGUUUCGGCUCUUGCUAUAGCCACUUCAGCAGCAGCCCAAGGUGCUCCAAUUCCGAGCGAUUCAUCAUGGGAGCAAGUCCACUGGACCAAGAUCCAUGGCUGGUGUAUGGCCACAGGUUUCUUCAUCCUCCUCCCUCUCGGUUCUCUCACCGCACGAUACCUCCGCGCCUACCUCCCAUUUCAGAAAUGGCUCGGACCGCACGCCGCGAUCCAACUCAUCGCUCUGCCCAUCAUCUGCAUCGGGUUUGGAGUCGGGGUUCAUGUGGCCAUGUACAACGGCCAAUGGAAGGUCCCGCACACCAAGAUCGGACUCACGCUGUUCUUGAUGUAUUGGAUCCAGCUCGUUUUGGGUAUUUGUACCGCCUCGACACCGAGUGUUGCGUUGGGGAGCGCGAAACCUGAUCCGACGGCUGCUCCGGAUACCCGCCACCCACUCAAGGCGCGACCGUGGUACGCUAUCCUGCAUGCCUUUUGGGGAGUAAGCAUGUGUGUCAUUGCGUCCGUCCAAGUGCGUCGAGGAUACACGAUCGAAUGGCCAACGAAGCGAGGACAGGCCGUCAGCGAACAUGUCAAUCGGGCUUGGAAGGCUUGGGUUGUGAUUGUCCCCGUUUUGUAUUUGGGCGGGUUGGCGUUGUUGUUGAGGCGCCAGUGGUCUCAGGAACGUGCGAGGAUGUUGAACCCUGGUGCGGCCCCGGCCAAUAACGAGAAGUACGAUAGUGUAGCUACUUCCUCUCCUCGACGAGGCACAGACCUCUCCAAGCUCACAAGAGCUACCUCCAUCUCUACCAACCCCACGUUCACACCCCCAAAGAUUAGCGACCUAUUACCACCACACGACCCUGCAAUCCCACCAAAAUCGCUAGUUAAACCACCUGUGCAUCCACCAACACACCACCACCCAGUCGCACUCCUCCAUUUCCGCACAUACUACCACCCAAACCUCGAAUUUUUCCUCCACUUCGCAUACCACGCCGCAUACGCACUCGGAAUCCCACUUUCCCGCCCGGCACAUCUCCCAACCCAACGAUCUCUCUUCACCGUCCUCAAGUCCCCGUUCAUAUUCAAAAAGGCACAGGAAAAUUUCGAGAAAAGGACGCACAAGCGAGCUGUUAAAGUAUGGGACACUGAUCCCGAGGUGUUGAAUAUUUGGCUGAGGUAUUUGGAGGAGCAUAUGAUGCCUGGUGUGGGUAUGCGAGUGGUCAGGUGGGAGAGGUGUGAGGUUGGAGUUGGGGAGGCGAGGUUGAAGGAGGUGGGCGGUGCAUUGAGAGAAAAGGUUGCGAUUGGUGGUGAAAAGGUGUUGAGUGUGGCGGAGCAGGUCAAGGCGGUUGGGGAAAAGAUUGUUAGGGAUGAGACCGAGGCUGCGAAGAAGGCUAGCACGGUAGAUUCAGACAAGGUCAAGCCUACCGAAAAGCCGGAGUAA